AUGGCAAACUCAAAGUACGAGUACGUUCGCAACUUUGAGCAGCCAGAUCCAUUGCUGCCGAACACCUGGCUCGUUGUCCGAAUUGACGGACGAGGAUUCCACAAACUUUCUGCAAAAUAUGGCUUUGAAAAGCCAAAUGAUCGGCGGGCCAUAGAUCUCAUGAAUGCCGCCGCCGCAUCUGUAAUGAAAGAUUUACCUGACAUUGUCAUUGCAUACGGUGUGAGCGACGAAUACAGUUUCGUCUUUCAUAAAUCAUGCACGCUAUUUGAGCGGCGUGAAAGUAAAUUGGUCACAACAGUCGUGUCGACAUUUACUUCGUACUACGUCCAUCUUUGGUCGUCUUACUUUACAAACGUACCUUUAUCCGCCCCCAUGCCAUCAUUCGAUGGCCGGGCUGUCAUGUAUCCAACAGAUCAUAACCUGCGAGACUACCUCAGCUGGAGACAGGUCGACUGUCACAUCAAUAACCUCUACAAUACCACGUUCUGGGCCUUGAUCCUAUUAGGUGGGAUGGGCGCCACGGAGGCUGAAAAAGAGUUGAUGGGAACAUAUUCUUCAGAUAAAAACGAAAUUCUGUUCUCUAGGUUCAAGAUCAAUUACAAUAAUGAGCCAGAAAUAUACAAGAAAGGCAGCGUUGUCAUUCGAGAUUACGAGCUUGUUGAACCUAAGAAGUCGACUGCUGCCGUUGACAGCCCUGGCAUGGCUGAGCAAGAAUCCUCUGACGCGGAAAGGGGAAUUUCCGCUCAGCUGUCCAAGACCCAGCAAGAGAAAGAGCGCAAACGGCGAGAGAAGGCUCGAAUCACUGUGCAGCAUAUCGAUAUUAUAAAAGACGAAUUCUGGCAGAGGAGGCCGUGGCUGUUAUCCAACAAACCCGGAAAGAUACCCAAAGAGAUAUGAGCGGGGGCAGCUAGAAGUACGAAAAGCGAGUAGAGUUGAACGUUACGA